UAGUUUUCAAUAAACUUCAAUGAAAGUGCUAUCGAUCUAAUUUGAUAAAGAUCGCAAACUGAUUAGUACUACUUUCAUUCACUUUACUAGAGAAGAAGAAACAUCACACAAUCAGAUUAGAGAGUACUUAGUGGAGUAAGAAGUCUAAGUAUAACAUCUUUGAAUAUUGAUUUGAGCCAUCUAUAAAUGGUCAUUUUUUUGUUCAUCAGACUCACAACUUAUGUCUUCUCUCUUCCCAUCUUCCUUCUUCACAAACUGCCAUGAGAUUAGUAGCUUCAAAUAUAGCCAGAAACUUGGCGAGGAACUCAAUAAGGAGAACUCCAGCUAUCGCCAAGUUAGCUAUUCCUACUAGAUCAUUCUCUAUUAGCAUUCCUGCCUACAAACCAGAAGCAGACACUCUAAUUAACCAAGGAAAAGUUAAAGGCUUACUUAGUCCCAAAGUAUCUCAACCAGAGAAUUCCAUCGUUCUCACACUCAGCUGUCAGGAUCAACUUGGUGUAGUGAAGAAUGUGUCAGAAUUUUUAUACAACAAUCAUCAUAACAUUCUUUCAUCAGAUCAAUUCUUAGACCCAACAUCCAAUCGCUUUUUUAUGAGAAUAACCGCACAAGCUCAAAAUGGUUUGAAGAUCGACUCAUUGAGGCACGAUUUCGGUAAACUUGCUGAGUCCGUCGGACUUGAAUGGAAUAUGCACGUCGCAUCAAAGAAGCCAAAAGUUUUAGUUAUGGUUUCAAAGAUUGGUCACUGUUUAAACGAUUUGCUCUUUAGGGCUUCAGCCGAUCAAAUCCCAAUUGAUAUUCCACUUAUCGUUAGCAACCACCCAACUUAUCAAACUUUAGCAAAGAGUUAUGAAAUUCCUUUCUUACACUUACCUGUUACACGCGAUACAAAGGAACAACAAGAGGAACAACUUCUUCAACUCGUAAAGGAGCACGAAAUUGAUUAUAUCGUUCUGGCACGUUAUAUGCAAGUUCUUUCACCAAGACUUUGCAAAGAGAUGAGCGGUCGUAUUAUUAAUAUUCACCACUCAUUCCUUCCUUCAUUUAAGGGCGCUAAACCAUAUCACCAAGCUUACGAUAGAGGUGUUAAGCUUAUCGGUGCUACGGCUCACUUUGUCACUUCAGAUCUUGAUGAAGGUCCUAUCAUUGAACAAGGUGUUGAAAGAGUCGAUCAUACGCUCAAUCCAAAGUCUCUCUCACACGUAGGAUCAAAUGUUGAAUCCAUUGUUCUCGCCAGAGCUGUCAAGUGGGUUGCUGAACACAGAGUACUUCUUUCAGGACACAAGACGGUCGUUUUUGACUAAUUUUCUUUUUAACUUUGGAUAUAUGGAUAGAUGGAUGCUUCAUGUAAUAUUAUUAUACAUUGCAAUGCUGGAAUACGUU